AUGGAUUCGAAACAGUUUCAUGUGUUGAUUUAUCAUUGCUUUUUUAUGAAGAAAAACACAGUGCAAGCUCAGCAAUGGCUUGAAAAGUGCUACGGGAAAUCUGCUCCAUCAAAAACAACCAUUUGUCGGUGGUAUGCUGACUUUAAACGUGGUCGUACAGACACUGAAAAUGCUGAACGCUCUGGCCGGCCAAAUGAGGCAAUCACACCGGAAACCAUCAAAAAAGUCCACCAAAUCGUUUUUGAAAACCGUAAAUUGAAAUUGCGUGAAAUAACUGACACCUUAAACAUAUCAUACGGCAGUGUGUACACUAUUUUGCAUGAACAUUUGUCUAUGAGGAAGCUGUUGUCAAAGUGGGUGCCGCGUUUGCUCACGGUGGAUCAAUGCGCCGUGUCACAAGUCGCUCGCUACAAUGGCGAAAUUGCAUGA